AUGUCCGAUUUGGCAGGCAGGGCACAGCAGUGGCAACUCCAGCCACCAGAAGCUGUUGAAAUUUCAGAUAAAUGGCAGCAUUGUGACUCCGAGUGUUGGCUCUGUUCAGACAUAUCCAAGCCGCGGAGUUGGAGUACUGUGAACAAGAUUCAGUCUUUGGGGCUGGCAGGAGUGAAGCAGGACCUCAGGGUCAAAGCCAGGAGGAGUUGUACAGAUGUGCUGUGCUGCAUGAUCUUCAUACUGUUCAUUAUUGCCUACAUUCUUUUAGGACUUGUGGCCUGGGUCAAUGGUGACCCCAGAAGAGUGGCCUAUCCUACAGACAGCCAGGGCUACUUUUGUGGCCAAAAGGGCACCCCCAAUGAGAACAAGCCCAUUUUGUUUUACUUUAACCUGCUCAGCUGUACCAGUCCUUCCGUGGUGGUAAACCUACAGUGCCCUACCAGACAGAUCUGUGUCUCCAAGUGCCCAGAAAGAUUCUUAACCUACAUGGAAAUACAGUUUAUGUACAGAAAAGACAGAAACUACUGGACAUACUACAGCCAGUUCUGCAAGUCUGCUUUUCUUAAGCCUGCGAAGACUGUCACACAAGUUUUACUGGAUGAUGAUUGUCCAACAGCGAUUUUUCCAAGCAAACCUUAUCUCCAGAGAUGUUUCCCUGACUUUUCUACUAAAAAUGGCACUUUAACAGUAGGAAAUAAGACAGUGUUUGAAGAUGGAAGUGGAAAGACAAGAAAUGCUGUAGAACUCAGGGCAGCUGCAAAUGGUAUCAAUAAAGUCCUUGAUGCAAGGGCAAUUGGAGUGAAAGUGUUUGAAGACUAUGCAACAACGUGGUAUUGGAUUCUCAUUGGCCUGACUAUCGCCAUGCUCCUCAGUUGGAUGUUUGUGAUACUCCUGAGGUUCACGGCUGGCUUCCUCUUCUGGCUCUUCACCUUUGGUGUGAUUGGGAUUAUAGCUUAUGGAAUAUGGCACUGUUACUGGGAAUACAGCAGUCUUCAGGGACAGCCAAAUUCUCACUUAACUGUAUAUCACAUCGGGAUUCAGACUGAUAUAAGCGUGUACUUUCAACUGAAACAAACAUGGUUCGCAUUUAUGAUAAUACUCUGCAUCCUUGAAGUGUUCAUCAUCCUCAUGCUGAUCUUCCUCAGGGACCGAAUCCGCAUCUCCAUUGCCCUGCUGAAGGAGGGGAGCAAAGCCAUUGGAUACAUCCCUACUACCUUAAUUUAUCCAGUUUUAACUUUCAUUUUCCUCUCAAUCUGCAUUUCCUACUGGGCUGUGAUAGCAGUUUACUUGGCUACAUCAGGGGUACCUAUAUACAAAGUCAUAGCCCCAGAGGGGCAAUGUAAACAUGAAAAUAAAACCUGUAAUCCAGAGAUUUUUAAUACAACUGAAAUUGCCAAAGCUUGCCCUGGAGCUCAGUGUCAUUUUGCUUUCUAUGGUGGAAAGAGCCUGUACCAUCAAUAUAUCACUGCCUUCCAGAUAUUCAAUCUAUUUGUCUUUCUCUGGCUUAUAAAUUUUGUCAUUGCAUUGGGUCAGUGUGCCCUUGCUGGUGCCUUUGCUUCUUAUUACUGGGCCUUGAAAAAACCUGAUGACAUCCCACCAUAUCCACUUUUUACUGCAUUUGGACGAGCCAUAAGAUAUCACACUGGAUCCCUAGCAUUUGGAUCUUUAAUUCUUGCAGUAGUUCAAAUGUUUAGAUUAAUCCUAGAAUACUUGGACAAACGUCUUAAAGAGGCCCAGAACAACAUUUCUAAAUUCCUAAAAUGCUGCCUGAGAUGCUGUUUCUGGUGUUUAGAAAAAGCAGUAAAGUUUUUGAACAGAAAUGCCUAUGUUAUGAUUGCAAUAUAUGGCAAAAACUUCUGCAGGUCAGCGAGAGAUGCUUUCAAUCUGCUGAUGAGAAAUAUUUUAAAAGUUGCAGUUAUGGAUAGAGUGACAGACUUUGUACUAAUCCUGGGGAAGAUUCUAGUUGCUGGGUGUAUAGGUGUCCUGGCCUUUCUACUCUUCACAGAAAGACUCCCAAUGAUUACAGAAGGACCAACAUCUUUAAAUUACUACUGGGUACCUUUGCUGACAGUCAUUAUUGGAUCUUACCUAAUUGCACAUGGAUUCUUCAGCGUCUAUGCAAUGUGUAUUGAAACAAUUUUCAUCUGCUUCUUGGAAGAUUUAGAAAGAAACGAUGGUUCUGCUGAAAGACCCUAUUACAUGAGUCAAUCUCUGCUGAAGAUUUUGAACGAGCAAAAUGCACAAACUAAGAAGCAGUAG